GCCCUCAUCGAUUCUCUACGGUCACCAAAUCGUUGUGUGAAUGCGGCCACAUUGUAUCUCUCGAAAGCGAAAGUCUUAGCAGAUUCUAUAUUAUCGAUUCAUGCAACUAAUGCAACAGCCGAAGCAAGAGCGACAGCCUCUGAUCAGGCACAUCAAUUGAAUGCGACUCACAACGCCAAGUGCUAAGCAGGAUUAAUUGACAUCUGUUAGAGAGUUCUACCGACUAAGCUGCUUCCUGUCACAUCGUACAGUCCUCGACGGCUUAUGGAUACUCCGAAAGCUAAGGAUGAAGGCCGCAGGAAGGCUUCUACAUCAUUGAAAUGUGCUGUUUGCCAGGCCACCUUCAGAAGGCCAGAGCACCUCAAACGGCAUCUACGCAGUCAUACAAAAGAGAAACCAUUUCAAUGCAAUCAAUGUAGUCGUCGAUUUUCAAGAAGUGAUACCCUUCAUCGACAUGAACAAAGUCACCAUACGCCUGGAGCUCAAGGGAAACUAGACUACGCUCAUAGGAUCACUGUUAAAACUUUUCGUGCCUGCUUCGAAUGCGCAACCGCUCGUGUCAGAUGUAGCGGGGGGGAUACUUGUUCUAGGUGCCAAAGCCGGACAAUACGAUGCCAAUACCCCACCGAGCGACGUUCGAAAUCAAAGAAAAGCCAUGGUCCACCCACAAUUCUCAUUGAAUCACAGCCUAAUAGCAGUAACUCGCCAGAACAGUCGCUCACUGCCCUUGUGCUUCAGGGAUCGGUCACUUCGGGAAGCCCACCGUCGGAACAGCAAGUGUCUCAGCAGCUUCAAUUUCGAUUUAUAACCUAUGAUGCAGGUUCCCAAGGAAGUACGCCAGAUCAACAGGAAACGCCUCGUUCCAGUACGGAGCAGAUCGCGAAGUUAUCGGACAGUAUUGUUACAGUAGAAAGUCAACCUCAGGAUUUUCCUGAACGGCCUCUGAAUAACCCACUAUUUUCAUAUUCUUAUGUCGAAAACUCUUCUAGAGUUUUCUCGCAAGAUAUUAAAUCUUCAUUUCAAAUGACAUCACUGAACAAUUUCUCAGUAUCCCAAGACGUCCAACCCAUUGAUCCGCAGAUCCAAGGCGGCGAUAUAUCUAUCGAUAAUUCACCAUUAGACAUUACAUUUGAGCAAAAUUUGUGUCAACAAGAUCCUAGCUCAGCAUUGAAUUGGCUCCCAAGCGAUCUGUUAAAAAAUUCUUGGGGUUCAUUUUUAAUAGACGAGGAUCACUUAAAUCAAUCUUUUCAGCAGUGGUGGCCAGAAGGGUUUGAAACGGACGGUACAUGGCUACCUCCUAUCCCGUUUGUCGAUCACGUAACUUUAUUCGACGAUUCGGAACAGCAGUCUCUCAAUAACAUACCACCUGUGGAUAGUCCGGAAACUCAUAGCAGUAUAUCACAAGAUGGAUCUGUAUUUUCGGAAUCUAAUGACGAAUCUAUUUGUUCUGGAGAGUAUUAUGUUGAUGGUGAGGGUGCUCGGUAUCCAAAAUAUAGCCGAAGUCGAAACAUACCGUGGGAAACAACUCGAAACCUGAUUUCUCUACCUCGAAGUCAACGAAACGCAAAAGAAAGUUCCUAUGUCUCAUUUCCACAGACACAUGAUAUACGAAUGAGCGAUUCGUGUUUCAUUGAAGAUAAGCACAUUUUUUCCGGGUACUUAUGAAAACAUUAUUCAUACAUUUUGAAGGGCCAUGUGACAGCGAAAAUAGUCUGGUCAUUCCCUUUGAAACGAAUAGUUUCGUGGAUUCCGAUGUGCUCACUUAUUUUACAC